CCCAAAGACAUCACAGAGAUUUCAGAAAAUUUUCAAAAAUGAAACCGGAAAAAAUGGAUCCAGACAUUUCCCGGUGGGUCCUCGAAUUCCUCCUCCGAAGUUCCGUUCCCGAUUCCCUCAUUCAAAAAUCACUCACUGUUCUUCCUCUCUCCGCCGCCGAUUCACGUCUCAAGAAAACCCUUCUUCUUCGCACUCUCCAAUCCCUUCUUCUCAAAGCUUCUCUCUCCGAAACCACUCUUCAAAUCUUCGAACUCCUCGAAGAUCUUAACCGAAACGACUCCGUUCCCGUCACCGAUUCCAUGCGUCGCGCUUAUUGCGCCGUUGCUGUUGAGUGCACCGUUAAGUACCUUGCUGCCUCUUCCGACGACCCCGCCGGCGAGUAUUUUGAUGCCGUUCGGAGGAUCUGGCGCGGGCGUGUUGCUGGAAUGGGGGUUGAGGGUCGACGGAGCGAGUUGGUCUCCGGCGAGCUGAGUCAGUGGGGGGAGGACAUUGAGGCGGCGCUUUGGGAUCCUAGGGUUUGUGAGAGGUUGGCGAGUUUGAACAGUAGAAGGGAAGCGUUGAAGGAAGUGAGGGGGUUUUUGGAGGAAGCGUGGGAAAUGAUGGGUCCUUCGUUUCUUGAUUCGGUGGGAGCGUUGUCGAAGGGGAAGGGUUUGUGCCCUGAAGGUGUUUGUGAAAUUGCUUUGAGUGUUGAAGCGCUCAGGAAGCGUGAGGGAGAGUUGGAGGGUUCAAGGAAGGAGAAAAAGGAAUCUUUUGGUGGUGGUGGUGGUGAUAGGAGUGAUGAUAGUGAUGAUGAUGAUGAUGAUGAUAAUAAUGAUAAUGAUGAUCAUGAUCGUGAUGGUGGUGGUGGUGGUGCUAGUGAUGAUGGUGCAUGCAUGGAGGGUGUGGCAGUGCAGGAUGAAAAUCAAGGCAAGGAACCAUUGGAAGAGAGAGUGGUGUUGCCUGCACAGAGAUAUAAAGCAGUUCAGAAAGGGAAUCCUCAGCUUAAACGAAAGCAUUCUGCACUUCGUACAUGUAAUAGGGGAGUUAAAAUAUCUGAUCCAGAGGAAGUGGAGCCAGCAAACAUGUGGAGCCACUACAAAUAUGAUCCAGUGUCUACUGCUGAAGUUAGAAGAGUUCGGGAAUCCCUUAAAUCAAGUUCUUUUGAGUUACGAUCGUUGGUGAAGGAUCCUCUCCCUGAUGCAUUGCAUAUGUCUGAAGUUGUAAGAUCCAAAUUGGCAACUGAAGAUACAAAUUUUGAGCCACUUGUUGAAAAUCAGAGUGAAGAUGUAUAUGUACCAAACCCUGAUGUUUGCAAGAGUAUUGUACCAUUUCAGCCUAAAAAUGAUACCAAUCUUGGGAAGAAAUCUUCUGUUCGCUCUAGUAAUGCUUGUCACCCCAACUUAAUGGAACGGAGAAGUAAUGCUCGUACUUUUGAGUGGGAUGAUUCAAUGGACAACUUGCCUCAAGGAAAACAGCCAAGGAGGAGGAAAAGGAAAUGGACUUCAUUGGAAGAGGAGACACUAAGGGCCGGUGUAAAAAUGUUUGGAGAAGGAAACUGGGCAUCAAUCCGAAAUUUUUACAGUAACAUAUUUGAAAAUAGAAGUGGAGUAUGCAACCUAUGCACCAAAAUGCUUUAUGUUUCUUUCUGGACUCAUGCCUAUAAUAUGACAUAUAUUUUUCUUAUAAUUUUUGAAGGUUGAUCUGAAGGACAAGUGGAGAAACAUGAUACGGUGACACGGUAGAUAUUUGAACAUUCAUGUGUAUAUAUUUUGCGCAGGUAUUUUUUCCUUGCAUUUGUCCUUUAAAAUUGUAUUUCUAUGGAUUAAUAUGGUUGAUAUUUGUAUUAACAUGUGCGGUUUCACAUCUUGCAUGAUCCUUUCUGUUUUGAGAUUUAAGGCAGUAUUCAUCAUUAUGGAAUUGGUCAAUGUAGUAUUGUAAUGAUUCUUUGUUUUUACUUGUGUUUUUUUUUUUUUUAAUUGAAUUUUUCCUGUUUAAUACCCAUGAAAGAUACUAGUCGCUUGUAUUGGUUGUGCCUAGACACUUGGUCGAAAAACAUAUGAUCAAUGUCGGUUUUGUUUUGCUAGACCUGAACUGAAAUGGGUGUUUUGUUAGGGAAGGGAGGGGACUAUCUCCGGCUGUGAAACCUACACCUCAUGAACUGAAAAGAAGAAAAGCUCAAGAUUUAUUUUUCAAAAUGAGGUGAUUGUAAUUUUAAAAAGUACAAAAAAUUUUGCAACUCAGCAUAUUUAAAGAUUAUAUAAUUACGCUCAAAUCAGUGUGUUUUAUCCUGGCACUGGUGAAAUCAUAAUCACGCUACUGGGUACUUUAGAUAAGUUGUAUCAAUGGCUGAUGUCAAGCUAAAAAUCUGCCGUGGAAUUUGGUGGAUGGCAUUUUUAUGGAGGAUGCGUGGCAACCAUAUAAAAAAAGCUACAAAAUAUACAAGGCAAUAAUAAUAACUUACAUGAAGAAAUAAUAAACAAAAUUAAAACAAUUUUUGGCAAGUCAAACUAAGUAAAACUUUCACAAACUAUGAUGUGAAAUAAUGCUACAGGAAGGGCGGAGGGGGACACAAGAAAUACGCAAAGCUUAACCUAAAUAAAGCAA